AUGGAAAAUUCAGAUUCUGACGAAGAAGAUGGAUCCGUGGCCCGGAGCAGAAGUCAGAUGGACCGAUUGGUCCGGGAAGAAAACUUCUAUGAAUUUGUAAAUAACCUGAGUGAAGAAGAUUACAAGCUUAUGAGGGAUAACGAUUUAUUAGGCAUCCCUGGUGAAAGUACACUAGAAGAGUUGUUGAAGAGACUUCAACAAAUUAAAGAAAACCCACCGGAAAACUCGGAGGAAAAUACAGGUGGAGGAAAGUCUUCCGAUAAUAGUGGUGAGUACCUAUUAGACUGGCUGAACACUUUUGGACAAGCUGAAUAUGUGACAAGUGGGCAAAGAGAAAACCAAUCUUGGGAAGAAAUAAUCCAGAUUAAUUCAGACAGUAAUGACUCCACAUUCAGUUUAGAAGUAAAUUCUAACCCUAAUAAUGGGAGCCCAAAUCCAGAGAAUGAAUAUGUAGCAUCUACAAGAUCUCCCAGAACAUACAACAUGGAAAACAGCCAAAGUCAAGCAGAAAACACACAAUCUGAAUCAACAUUUAUAAGAUCACCUGGAUCAGAACAAAGUACAACUGAAGCAUUAAUACAAGUCCCAGUUACCAGAGGUCGGCGAAGAGAAAGAAGCAGUAGCCCUGAUCAUCGGAGAACCAGAGCAAGAACUGAAAGUAGUCCGGCUCCAAACAGAGUGAGUGAACUUUUAGGAAGAUUUCAUUAUAGUAUAACAUCUCCAACUUUUGAGCAGCCUCUGGUAAAUGAGACUGAGAGAUUUUCUAGGAUUCAGCACCAAGAAACAUCAAGACAGCAAAUAACUGGACUUGAGCUGCAAAAUAUGGGUCUUGCUGCAACUUCUGGAUCAAGCAGUGCACUUCAAGAAGAAAAUUCUCCAGGCACAACCAAUGAUGGUGAAUCUCAGGGACUGGGACAGAUAAAUCCAACCAUACAGUUCGAUUGUGAAGUAGGACAAGUUCAUCCUAGGGCGGACUCUCAAAGAGACAGCACAGCUACCAGAAUUCAGUUAACAUCUGAGACGCCAAACAACGCUCUCACUUUAGAAAGUGAACAAGGAGGACGCAGGGAUAUGUUUCCACAUUCUGAACAGGCAGAUGCAAGAGCUUAUAUCAGGAACGCCAGAAUUCCUUCUCUUCAUAUUAUUUUAACUACUGGUUUCAAUGAUAUACCACCUCCUGCAAUUCAGAGCACAUUAAGGCAGACAGUGACAGGAUCCAGUGGCUUAAGUGGUAACCUCACGGCCAGUGACACUGAUUUAGUACACAGUGUCUCACCCCUAAGUCCAAACAUGGAAAGGGAAGAGUCACAAAAUGGAAGAGAUGCGUCUGAUGUUAGGACUCAUUCUGAUUGCAAUUCAAAUCCUAGUUCUGAUUUCCAUUCAGGUUCUACAUUGAUUUCUAGUUCAGGCUCCAAUUACCUGUCUAGUUCCAAUUCUACUCCUAUUUCCAGUUCCAGCUCCAGGGAUGAAUAUUCAGAAAUUAGCUCAGCAAUGUUUGAAGGCAGUAAUGACAUAAGCUUACCACCAGGCUCGUCAUCAGAAACCAGGCGAGAAAAUAGAUCUAUGAGCCCAAUAAUAUUUGAUGACAGUGACUCUUGGACCUCCCUUAAUCUGGACCAUUUUUUCCUCUUAAAUGAAGAUGAUCAUGACCAACAUACAGGACUUACCAAAGCACAGAUUGACAACUUGGCUAUAAGAUCUUUUGGUGAAGGUGGUGCAUUAAAAGCCUGUACCAUCUGCAUCACCGAGUACACAGAAGGCAACAAACUUCGCAUCCUACCUUGCACCCAUGAAUUUCAUGUCCACUGUAUCGAUCGCUGGCUGUCAGAGAACUCCACCUGUCCUAUUUGUCGUAGGGAAGUAGCAGGUUCUGCUGAGAGAGAAAAUUCUAAUUGA